AUGCCGGCCACCAACCAGGGCUGGCCGGAGGACUUCGGCUUCCGGCUGGGCGGCUCCGGGCCCUGCUUCGUCCUGGAGGUGGCCGAGGGGAGCAGCGCGCACGCUGGAGGGCUGCGGCCAGGGGACCAGAUCCUGGAGGUGGAAGGCCUGGCCGUGGGCGGUCUGAGCCGCGAGGGGCUGGUGCGCCUGGCAAGGCGCUGCCCGCGCGUGCCCCCCAGCCUAGGCGUGAUCCCCGGCCCCGAGGGAGGCCCUCACCCGGGAUCGGGGCCCACGGCUCCAGCCUUUCGGGCUUCGCGCUGCGCCCGCGGCCUCUGCCUGGGCCGCGAGCUGCUGCGCCUCGCUGGCCGCAAGCGCCCCAAAGCUGUGCACAGAGAGCGCAGGCGCAAGGCGCAGGAGUUCAGCCGGAAGGUGGAUGAAAUCUUGGGGGACCAGCUAACAGCCAAGGAGCAAGUGUUCACAGCCCUGAAGCAGUUCGCAGCGGAGCAGAGAGUGGAUGACCUGGUCUGGGCGCUCACCCUGGCGCUGCCCCGGGAAGCCCACGGGCCGCUCCUGGACAACCUCAGGAUCUUCAUCCCCAAGAAGCACCGGGCGCGCUUCGACGAAGUGGUGUCGCAGGGCUUGCUCGGGAAGCUGUGCCGCGCGCGGAGGGCGCAGGGCGCGCAGAGGCUGCGCCGGAGCCGCAGCGAGGAGCGGCCCGAGCGCCUGCUGGUGUCCACGCGGGCCAGCGCCCCACCGCGCCGCCCCGACGAGCCGCCCCCGCGCAAGGCCUCUUCGCUGCUGGGGGGCCGCGCCGGCCCAGGGGGCGUACGCAGGACAGUCCGGGUGUACAAGGGCAACAAGAGCUUUGGCUUCACUCUGCGCGGCCACGGGCCUGUCUGGAUCGAGUCUGUGCUGCCCGGGAGCCCAGCUGACAAUGCUUCUCUCAAGUCAGGAGAUCGGAUACUCUUCCUUAAUGGGCUGGACAUGAGGAACUGUUCCCACGACAAGGUGGUGUCCAUGCUGCAGGGCAGUGGCGCGAUGCCCACGCUGGUGGUGGAGGAGGGGCUUGUCCCGUUCGCCAGUGACUCCGACUCUCUGGACUCCCCCAACCCAUCCUCGGCGCUCACUUCCCUGCAGUGGGUGGCGGAGAUCCUGCCGUCCAGCAUCCGAGUCCAGGGGCGGACGUUCAGCCAGCAGCUGGAACACCUGCUCACGCCCCCUGAGCGCUAUGGCGUCUGCCGGGCCCUGGAGAGCUUCUUCCAACACAGAAACAUCGACACCCUCAUUGUUGACGUCUACCCCGUACUGGACACACCUGCCAAGCAGAUCCUGUGGCAGUUCAUCUACCAGCUGCUGACGUACGAGGAGCAGGAGCUGUGUCAGGAGAAGAUCACCUGCUUUCUGGGCUACACAGCGAUGACAGAGCCAGAGCCUGAGCUGGAGCCGGAGCCCACACCUGAGCCCACUCCAGAGCCCCGGCCACGCAGCUCCCUGCGGGCCGCCUCCAUCUGCCGGCGCAGCCUCCGGACGCCCGGCCUGGACUCCAGCCUCAGCUGCGGUCCCAGUGACUGCCCCGAGAUGCCACUUCCUCUGGUGCCAGGCGAGCGGCAGGCAGGAGAUGGCACAUCCCUCCCCGAGACCCCCAACCCCAAGAUGAUGUCGGCCGUGUAUGCAGAGCUUGAGUCUCGACUCAACAGCAGCUUCAAAGGCACGAGGGGGACCAUGUCCAAGUCCCGGGCCUCCCCUCCAGUGUCCAGCACCACAGGCUCUGCAGGGCCCAGGCCCCUGUCCAGUGUCUCCUGGACCAGCGAGCGGCUGCUGCCCACCCCCUGCUACUACCCACUGUGCUCGGAAGGCCUGGCCUCCCCCAGCAGCUCCGAGUCCCACCCGUACGCCAGCCUGGACAGCAGCAGGGCGCCCUCCCCGCAGCCAAGCCCUGGACCCACCUGCCCCGCCAGCCCCCCAAGCCCAGAGCCUGCCCGCCCUGCCAGUCGCAGGAAGCGUUUCACCUUCUCCCGUCCCAUCCGGAGCCGGGACACCGACCGCUUCCUGGACGCUCUGAGCGAACAGCUGGGUCCUCGGGUCACCAUCCUGGAUGACUUCCUGACCCCUGAGAAUGACUAUGAGGAGAUGAGCUUCCACGAAGACCAGGGCAGCUUUGUGACCAACGAACGGAGCAGCGCCAGCGAGUGUAUCAGCAGCAGCGAGGAGGGCAGCUCGCUGACCUACUCCUCCAUCUCUGACCACAUCCCCCCGCCCCCGCUCAGCCCCCCUCCGCCACCACCUCUGCCUUUCCACGACCCCAAGCCCAGCUCCCGCUCCCAGGACGGCACCCGGGGCCCUCCUCCGGCCCUGGCCAAGCCCCUCACCCCGCUCAGCCACCCAGUCCCCCCGCCACCUCCACCGCCCUUACCCCCACCUGUGCCCUGCGCACCCCCGAUGCUGUCCCGCGGCCUGGGCCACCGCCGCAGCGAGACCAGCCACAUGAGCGUCAAGCGCCUGCGGUGGGAGCAGGUGGAGAACUCAGAAGGCACCAUCUGGGGCCAGCUCGGGGAGGACUCUGACUAUGACAAGCUGAGUGACAUGGUGAAGUACCUCGACCUGGAGCUGCACUUCGGCACCCAGAAACCCGCCAAGCCGACGCCAGGGCCCGAGCCGUUCAGGAAGAAGGAGGUGGUGGAGAUCCUGUCCCACAAGAAGGCCUACAACACCUCCAUCCUCCUGGCGCACCUGAAGCUGAGCCCCUCGGAGCUGCGCCAGGUCCUCAUGAGCAUGGAGCCCCGCCGCCUGGAGCCCGCGCACCUGGCGCAGCUGCUGCUCUUCGCACCCGAUGCCGACGAGGAGCAGCGCUACCAGGCCUUCCGGGAGGCGCCCGGCCGCCUGAGCGAGCCCGACCAGUUCGUGCUGCAGAUGUUAUCUGUCCCAGAAUACAAGACCCGCCUUCGCAGCCUCCACUUCCAGGCCACCCUGCAGGAGAAGACAGAGGAGAUCCGAGGCAGCCUCGAAUGCCUGCGCCAGGCGUCCCUGGAGCUCAAGAACAGCCGGAAGCUCGCCAAGAUCCUGGAGUUUGUGCUAGCCAUGGGCAACUAUCUCAACGAUGGCCAACCCAAGACCCACAAGACGACAGGCUUCAAGAUCAACUUCCUGACAGAGCUGAACUCUACCAAGACCGUGGAUGGCAAGUCCACCUUCCUGCACAUCCUUGCCAAAUCGCUGAGUCAGCAUUUCCCUGAACUGCUGGGCUUUGCUCAGGACCUGCCCACUGUGCCCCUUGCUGCCAAAGUGAACCAGCGGGCCUUGACCAGUGACCUCACUGACCUCCAUGGCACAGUUCGGGAGAUCCAGGCCGCCUGCCAGAGCAUGGUCCCCUGCAGUGACGACAAGUUCGCCGUGGUCAUGUUGGCUUUUCUGGAGACGGCUCAGCCGGCGCUGCGGGCGCUGGACGGGCUGCAGCGCGAGGCCACUGAGGAGCUGGGCAAGGCGCUGGCCUUCUUCGGGGAGGACUCCAAGGCCACCACAUCCGAGGCUUUCUUCGGCAUCUUCUCAGAGUUCAUGAGCAAGUUUGAGCGAGCGCUCUGUGAACUGCAGACCGGCGAGGGCUCCCGCAGCUCCGGGAUGGUGUCACCCCUGGCCUGGUGA